CAAGAGAUACAUAUGAUGUUGCAAUGCAACAGAAGUUUCAAAUUUGAAGCAAACAAUUAGUACUUACUUCGUCUCAUUUUAUGUGAAGGUGUUACUACUUGGGGAGUUAAAUGAUCUUUCUUCUUGCAUCUUUGCAAGAAGAAGAAUAAGCAGAAACAGGCACUGAAACCCAAAGCCAUACAUGUAUGUGUGAUUAGAGCGACAGGUGGCUGUAUCAUAGUAAACUGAGCAAAGCAAAGGCAACUGAGACUCUGAGGAUGAAGAAUACGGAGAGUGCAUCUCCACAAGUCUGUCAAAUCAUUCACAUACCUGAAAAGCCAUCCUUUCUUCCUCACCUCCAACCUACAGUCAACGUGCUUGCUUCUGUUAUUGAACCCAAAGAUGCCAAUACUCUAGUCAGGAAGUUGAAUCAGAUUGCACCACUUGAAAAUUUGCAGCAUGUGAAGCGUGUGCGGAAGAAGUGCAUUGAUGAAGGGAAACCUCAAUUAUCUCUGCUUCUAUGUUUGGCUGUUGAAAAUGAUGGUGAGGUUGAUGGCAUGCCAUACGAGAUUCGUGAGAUUGUCAAAUCUUACCAGUUGAGUACUUUCAUCACAAAAGUUUGCAAAUAUGCUGCAACUUCGAAAGAAGAAUGGGAAGAACAGUGCAAGCUCUGGCCUACUUCGUAUCAUCCGCCAACUUACAACAUCAGUGGCAUAACUGGAUUUAGUGAAGAGGAGUCACAAUCAGUUUUCGGUUUCAUGAGACAUACCAUUAAUUUGGCAACAUCUUCUAUUGGUCAGGUGGUCAAUGCUGCUGUUAUUGUAGAUCCUUCAACUAAGCAGGUAAUUGCAAGUGCUUGUGAUCAAGUAAUAUUCUCGGGCAGUCUUGAAAAUGAGGUCAGCAAGGAAGGUAGCUUCUCUAACUAUCUAGAAAACCUCAAAGCCUCUAACUUGGAAAACCAGCAAAUGUCACUUUUAGACGGUUCAAUUGGUGACUCCAAACAUUUAACUAAUAAUGUUGCUUGUGUACAUCCUUGGCAAUGGGCAAUGCAAAGCUCUGGUAGCUGGCAUCCAAUGCGGCAUGCGGCUAUUGUAGCCAUUGAACAUUCUGCUGCCAGGGAUCUACAACUGUUUCCUGAUUACAAUGCGCUAUCUCCUUUGAAAAAACAGAAGAUCAAGGAGUCCGACUUCAAAAGUAAUGGCCAUAGUUAUCAAUCGAUCAGACCUUAUCUAUGCACUGGAUAUGACAUUUACCUGGCUUGGGAGCCAUGUGCAAUGUGCGCAAUGGCGCUUGUCCAUCAAAGAGUUAGACGGAUAUUUUUUUCUUCCCCAAAUUCCAAUGCUGGUGCACUAGGAAGUGUUCACAGAUUGCAAGGGGAGCGGAGCUUGAAUCACCAUUAUGCUGUUUUCAGGGUCAUGCUGCCUGAGGAGGUUUUCAGGAAUAAAGUUGUAUAGAUGCAAUGACUUCUGGAAGUGGUUGAAGCCAACGCUAAUCAGAUUGUGAAGAGGUU